UUGAUGUUGACGCCUUUUCAACCGAUAGUAGAGCGUAUCCUGUUAGCUCUACUUUCUAUCGGUCCUAUACCUCAACAUAUCGGCAUUAUUAUGGAUGGGAAUAGGCGAUAUGCAAGAAACUUCCCAGGAGGUCCGAUCCCCGUUUCACAAGGACAUCUAUCCGGUUUCAAUGCAUUGAAAUCCGUCUUGGAAGCAUGUCUGAAAUUACGUGGAAUGACAACUGUGACAGUAUAUGCAUUUGCGAUAAACAAUUUCGGUCGUGAUAGAGAUGAGGUGGCAGCUAUUAUGGAUUUAGCAAAACGAAAUCUCGUUCAAUUGGCAGCACAUGGAGAACUCUUGGCACGACAUUCAGUUCGACUAAGGAUGAUCGGAAGGAAAGAAUUGCUUUCGGACGAUGUAUUGGCUGCAUUGGAAAAAGUUGAACGAAUGACAGAAGGUAAUCGAAGUGCAACAUUGAACAUUUGCAUCGCUUAUGCUUCUUCGGAUGAAAUGGCAAACGCUGUAGAGAAGUGCAUUCAAUCAUCAACUUCCCCCCUGGGAAAGGAAAUUACUGUUCAAGACCUUGAUGCUCAGAUGAUGCUUCAUCAUUCACCACCUUGUGAUAUUCUCGUUCGAACCAGUGAUGUACAUCGAUUGAGCGAUUUCAUGUUGUGGCAAUGCACGCAUGCUCAACUUCAAUUCACAAAACGAUAUUGGCCUUUGUUUGGCUUGCGAGAAUUGGUGCCGAUCGUUCUGGAUUAUCAGCGA